AUGUUCGGAACGGUCAACGAGCAAAGCAGAGUACCCUUCGUUAUCUUUCUGCUUCCAGUCAAACCAGGCAACGUGAGGAACAUCAUUCAGCACUUUGAGAACAACCAGCCGUAUGAUACCCCAGAACCUGGGACGCAGCGGCUGUCCACUGGAAGCUUCCCUGAGGACCUGCUGGAGAGCGACAGCUCCCGCUCAGAGAUCCGCCUGGGUCGCUCUGAGAGCCUGAAGGGCCGGGAAGAGAUGAAGCGGUCCCGGAAGGCAGAGAACGUGCCCCGCUCUCGCAGUGAUGUGGACAUGGACGCUGCCGCGGAGGCCGCCCGCCUCCACCAGUCAGCCUCAUCCUCUGCCUCCAGUCUCUCCACCAGGUCUCUGGAGAACCCAACCCCUCCUUUCACCCCCAAAAUGGGCCGCAGGAGCAUUGAGUCCCCCAGCCUGGGCUUCUGCACAGACGCCCUCCUCCCCCACCUCCUAGAGGAUGACCUGGGCCAGCUGUCGGACCUGGAGCCAGAGCUGGACGCCCAGAACUGGCAGCACACGGUGGGCAAGGACGUGGUGGCCGGGCUAAGCCAGAGGGAGAUUGACCGGCAGGAGGUCAUUAACGAGCUGUUCGUGACGGAAGCCUCCCACCUGCGCACGCUCCGGGUCCUCGACCUGAUCUUCUACCAGCGGAUGAAGAAGGAGAACCUGAUGCCCCGGGACGAGCUGGCCCGGCUCUUCCCCAACCUGCCUGAGCUCAUCGAGAUCCACAAUUCCUGGUGCGAGGCCAUGAGAAAGCUCCGGGAGGAGGGCCCCAUUAUCAAAGACAUCGGUGAUCUCAUGCUGGCUCGGUUCGACGGCCCCGCCCGGGAGGAGCUCCAGCAGGUGGCUGCCCAGUUCUGCUCCUACCAGUCCAUCGCCCUGGGGCUCAUCAAGACCAAGCAGCGCAAGGAGAGCCGCUUCCAGCUCUUCAUGCAGGAGGCCGAGAGCCACCCUCAGUGCCGGCGGCUGCAACUCAGAGACCUAAUCAUCUCGGAGAUACAGCGGCUCACCAAGUACCCCCUGCUGCUGGAGAGCGUCCUCAAGCACACGGACGGUGGCACUUCUGAGCACGAGAAGCUCUGCCGGGCGCGGGACCAGUGCCGGGAAAUCCUCAAGUAUGUGAACGAAGCGGUGAAGCAGACGGAGAACCAACACCGACUGGAGAGCUACCAGAAACGCCUGGACACCACGUCCCUGGAGAGGGCCAGCAACCCCCUGGCGGCAGAGUUCAAGAGCCUGGACCUUACAGCCAGAAGGAUGGUCCACGAGGGGCCCCUGACCUGGAGGAUCAGCAAGGAUAAGAGCUUGGACCUCCACGUGCUGCUGCUGGAGGACCUCCUGGUGCUGCUGCAGAAGCAGGACGAGAAGCUGCUACUCAAAUGCCACAGCAAGACGGCCGCGGGCUCCUCGGACAGCAAGCAGACCUUCAGCCCCGUGCUCAAGCUCAACGCCGUGCUCAUCCGCUCCGUGGCCACAGACAAGCGGGCCUUCUUCAUCAUCUGCACCUCGAAGCUGGGCCCCCCCCAGAUCUACGAGCUGGUGGCACUGACGUCGUCAGACAAGAACACAUGGAUGGAGCUCUUGGAGGAGGCCGUGCGGAACGCCACCCGGCACCCAGGAGCUGCCCCCACGCUCGCCCGUCCCCCAGCCCCGGGUGCCCAGGAGCCCACACACCAGAGCCCCACACCCAGCAGGGUCCGGCUGGAUGGCUCAGAAGUAUUCCACAGUGAACCAGAGCCCGGGGAGCUGCCCGGAGCGGGCACUGGGCCCCAGCCGAGGGCCAAGGGGAAGCACCCGGCCCUGCUGGAGGAUCCCGAGCAGGAGGGCAGCCUAGAGGAGGAGCUGGGUGCCCUGCCUCACCCCUCCGCAGCCCUGGGUGGAGAGAGCAGGGGCGGCCGGACGAGAGACCCCAUCCUCCUGCCCCUCGCAGUCCCUCUGUUCCUGGACGGGCUCGCCGACUCAGCCCUGGAAGACGUGGAGAGCCUGCGGCACCUGAUCCUGUGCAGCCUGCUGCCGGGUCACCCCCCGGAAGCACAGCCCGCCGGGGAGCCCGAGGACGACCUCACCCCUACACCGUCUCUCGUGAGCAGCACCUGUCACCCCGCGGGCCCUGGCUCCCCACGGCACGCCCCCCCUGGGGGUGAAGGACCAGAGCAGGAGGACGCGGCUCUGUGCCCUCUGGAGCGGCUGCCCCCCCGGGCCAGGAAUUCUGGGGUCUGGGAGUCUCCCGAGCUGGACAGGAACGCAGAGGAAGAGGCCUCAAGCACCGAGGCAGCAGGGAGUUACAAAGUCGUGAGAAAAGCUGAGGUGGUGGGCAGCAAGGCUGUGCCCCCAGAGAGCGGCCAGUCAGGGCCUGAGCCACCCGAAGUGGAAGGCGGAGCAGAGGCGGCUGGGAACUGCUUCUAUGUCAGCAUGCCAGCAGGACCUCCGGACUCCAGCACCGAACCCUCCCAGCCCGACGGCCUCCCUCCCUGGCAGCUGCGGGGAGGCAGUGGAGGUCGCCGGCGCCCCAGCCGCUCCCCACCCAGCCUGGCCCUCAGAGACGUGGGCAGCAUCUUCCGCACCAUCGAGCAGCUCACCGUCAAACUCAACAGGCUCAAGGACAUGGAGCUGGCCCACAGAGAGCUGCUCAGGUCCCUCGCGGGAGAGUCAUCAGGCGGCACCACGCCUGUGGGCAGUUUCCCCACAGAGGCGGCUAGAUGGACAGACAGCUCCUUGUCACCUCCAGCCAGGGAAGCCCUGGCCUCUGACUUCAGGGACAGCCGCCAGCCAGGGCUGUGCUCGGAGGACGGCUCCGACACCCUCCUGGAAGACAGCACGGUGCAUGCAGCCUCGCCCCCAGGACUGUGACUGUCCCUCCUCCUCCUCUGGGGACUGGCCCGAGGCGGGGGCACGGGGCCGUGGGAGUCCAGACCUCCUCCCUGUGGGCUAGCCGAGACCCCGGGGGCGCCCCGCAUGUCGCUUGGUCUGCUCAGGUCCCGGUCAAGUUUCAGUGUCUUCCCCUCUCUGCAGCCCCCCAGGCCUCUCCUGAGCAUUCCGACUGCAUCUGAAAGGCCCCCCAGACACACAGGGGAAAGGAGGAGUCUCUGUGUAAAUGCACUUUCUUCCUCCCUCCCUUUCUCCACAGGACCCCAGGGCUGAGGUGUGGGGUACCUCCGCCCCUGCCUUCUUUGUCACUUUGGUUUCCUAUAAAUAUGUAUGUACUGUAUGUGCAUCUCGCCUUGUAAAUAACUUAGACCUGUUUUGUGUUCCUGGGGGGCCGGAGGUAGGUCCAGAGGGCCAGCUCGCAUCUCCUAGUUAACAGGCGGCUCGGGGGUCAGGGCCCAAAGCGGGAGCCAGACCUGAGCACCGGGUCCCCCGGGAGCAGGAAGGUGUCCCGGCCCACCUGGCUUGAGAGCCCAGCCUCUGUGGCCCGAGCCGAGAGCUUCUCCCCUUGCCAGGACUUGUCCUCUUCCGGGGAGUUCCUGACCCCACCCCUGUCCACCCUUCCCCACCCUCUCCCUAGAGAAAAACCAGUGUAUCAGGUACGGCCCUGAAAACUGGGCCCAGGAGGUGGGGCAGGGGGUUCGAGUGCUGGAGUCCCCACGUUAACCCAGGACCAUCCCCAGGGGCCACCGGCAGUAUUGGCCCCUGUCCCCAUGGCAGCCCCCUCCCCACGGACUGAUAGAAUAUACACACUGUGCUAGGUGUAUAUAUACAUAUAUAUAAAUAUAUAUAUAAUAUAUAAAAUAUA